AUGGCUCGUGCGACCGUCGCUCUUGCAGACUUUGAUGGCGGCGACUUUGGCGAGGCCCUGAGGAUUGCAGCGAGGGCGGAUAACCAGUCGUAUGGAUUUCCAACCUUUGUCGAUAUCGAUACUUCUGGACUCUCACCCGAGCAAGUCCGAGAGGAUGUCUUUAGGGGAAAAUACUGGGCAGCAAUUGUUGUGCACCCAGGCGCAUCGGCCCGAUUCGAAAAAGCGCUGGACGGUACGGCUGCUGUAUACAAUGCCACUGAUGUUUAUACUUAUUAUCUCCUAACGACUCGAUAUUACUCUCUUUACGCUUCAGGCAUCCAGGCUUCGACUGCCACUGUUGCAUCCACAGCACCUGGUAUUUUCAGUGGCCGGUUCGUCGCGCCUAAACUCGCCAGCGCCCGUUACCACAACACUACCGCCGCAGUAAGUGCUCUUGCUGGUCCAGCAUACUCUAUUCGUGCGAACGCGGCAUCGCAGGAGUUUGACCACUUUGAUGGCAAGUCUAUCAUAGGCACUAUUGGUGCAGUAUUCCCAAUUCUGAUGCAAUUCUUCUUCAUCAUGGCACUGAACGGGAUUUUCAACAGCAAGCAUGUCUUCGCGGCAUACAAUCCACGGGCGCAUAUUUACGCGCGCUUUAUCUGCAGUACAAUAUGGCCAUUACUUUCCAGCCUUUGCGCUGCAGGAUGGGCCUUCGGCUUUGAAGGCUCUUUUCGUACGAAUCCAAAAAUGUUCUUCGCUUUCUGGUCUAUCACAUGGGUAUUUAGCAUGAUUAGCUUCGACAUUUUGGAUAUUAUUACCGCUCUCAUCCCUGCCGCAUUUACAUCGUUCGUUUUUCUGACAUGGGUCAUCUUCAAUUUGGCAGCGUCUUUGGCCGAUCCAGCUAUUACCAACCACUGGUUCCGCAUCAAUUACUUCUUUCCUUCGCUACACUGGUUCCAAACAUUGAUUACAAUCUUCUCAGAAGGAGGUGUCAACCGGCUCCAUUAUACCUUACCAACACUCGCGGGUUGGCUUGUCCUUCUCAAAUUUCUCUCGCCCUUCGCUAUGAUGUACCGAAUUAAGAAGGCUCAAGUGGUUUUCCAGUAUUACAACGAAAAGGACGCCCUGGAUGCGCCAAGGUGA